CAGAUCUCUAUCGACCUGUUAGCUCCAAACGGCAGCUAUACGUGCUUUGGCACUUUGCCAGAACUGAUUGAUGCUGCCUUGCGCGACACCAAAGACAACCACCUUCGACAAAGCUUCAUGCAAUCGGUCAUCAGGACAGCGCAGACCAGCGUAUCAAAGACUCAGUGGUUACAACGAGUCCGUGAGGCCAUCGACGAUAAUGGGAAGCUUGAUGCACAACGUCUUCAGACUGCAGUUUCAGGUUUCCUCGCAAGAGAAGAGAAAGUUUCCAUGAACAGCGCCCUUCGCUGGAUCCAGUUCUGUUGUCGACCUCUAUCUCCGACUGAAGUUGUCACGGCUUUAGCCCUGGAACAGAGCAUAGCCAAAUCGGGUGAAAGCGAACUCAUCUCAGAUCAAUGCCAUCUUGGAAAUGGGAUGGAAAAUACUUCAUCUGCCGGCUUUUGGUCCAUCCAGAAUCCUCUUUCAGGCCUUAUUCAGGUGGUUGACAACGAGGUUCGGCUUACUUAUGACAUCCUUGGUGAACCAAACGAUGCCGGCCCCUGGCAUCUCGAUAAUGCCAAGUCGAACUUAUGGAUCUUACGCUGUCUAUUCCGACAUUUGGAUGCCGAGGCUGAGCGAAUAGGCCUUGGUGGUCCAAGUCCACAAUCCGGGUUCAUCCCGCCUUCACCAUUUCAUCAUGACUUGGCGGUGUAUGCUGCCAAUUUCUGGUCGCACCACUACAGAACUGCUAGAUCUCACGCAUCUACGAAGCCAGAAGCCGAUUCCAUGGUGGCCAAAUUCCUGAAGACCAACCACGCCGC